CAUUGUUAUUUUUUAGCGGCUAUUACACAUUGGCCGAUUGUUGGCUACCAUAAUAGCUUGCUAAUCAACUUUAACUGUGUGUAUCAACGAGCAAAUGUGGUUGAUAGUUAAUUAGAAACUAUACAAAGUGAAGAAAAUGAACAGUCGACUGCAAGAGAUUCGCGAGAAACAAAAACGUAGACGCGAGCUUUUAGCUCAACAGUUGGGAGCUGAAAGUGCAGACAGCAUCGGAGCUGUCCUAAACAGCAAAGAUGAACUAAAAGAAAUCGAGGAGACAAGAGAGACAUGCAGGGCUUCAUUUGACAGUUUAGCCGUACCUUCCAAAAGGAAGGCCCUGACGGAGGGAGAGGACACAGAGGAAGAUGUUGAAGAACCAAAGGAUGAGCCGGAGGUGCAGCAGCCGGAUGAAAACAACCCGUAUGAAGAAGUGUACAAGGACUCCAGUACUUUCCUCAAGGGUACUCAGAGUUUGAACCCACACAAUGACUACUGUCAGCACUUUGUGGACACAGGGCACCGGCCCCAAAACUUCAUUCGAGAUGUUGGCCUGGCUGACCGGUUUGAAGAAUACCCAAAGCUUCGGGAGCUGAUCAGACUGAAGGACGAACUCAUCUCAACCACCAACACUCCUCCCAUGUACCUCCAGGCUGAACCGGAGAACUUUGACCUGCAGGAUUUGAAGUGCAAGUUUGAUGUGAUUCUGGUUGAGCCCCCCCUAGAGGAAUACUACAGAGAAUCAGGCACCAGCCACACUGAACAGUUCUGGAACUGGGAUGAUAUCAUGAAACUGGAAAUUGAGGAGAUAUCAGAUCUUCGUUCCUUUGUCUUUCUCUGGUGUGGCUCUGGUGAAGGCCUGGACAUGGGCAGAAUGUGUUUGAGGAAGUGGGGCUUUAGGCGGUGUGAGGACAUCUGUUGGAUCAAGACCAAUAAGAACAACCCAGGCAAAACCAAGGCGCUGGACCCGAAGGCAGUAUUCCAGAGGACCAAGGAACACUGCCUGAUGGGAAUCAAAGGAACAGUGCGCAGGAGCACUGACGGUGACUUCAUCCAUGCGAAUGUGGACAUUGACUUGAUCAUCACUGAGGAGCCUGAGAUGGGAAAUGUUGAGAAGCCUGUGGAGAUCUUCCAUAUCAUUGAGCAUUUCUGUUUGGGCCGCAGAAGGUUGCACCUGUUUGGACGAGACUCAACCAUCAGGCCAGGCUGGCUGACUGUAGGUCCUACUUUGACAAACAGUAACUUUAACCCAGAGACCUACGCCUCACAUUUCGUCAAUGACAACCUAUCUGGCUGCACUGAGGAAAUAGAGAGGCUGCGACCUAAAUCUCCCCCUUCUAAGAUGAAGUCGGACCGUGGGGGCGGAGCAGCUAGAGGGGGACGUGGUGGGCCAAAUUCAGGAAGAGGCGGAGACAGGGGCCGUGAAAGAAACCGGCCAAAUUUCCGAGGAGACAGGGGAGGGUUCAGGGGUCGGGGAGGGCCACAUAGGGGCUUUCCUCCUCGCUAGAGCAAAGAAUUAACCAGACUUAUGGUGGGAAUCCCUAUGUGCAUAGAGUCCUGACCAUUUUUUAUUGGCCAACACUGACGAUGACCACAUUGAUGAUUGAUGAUCACACUGGUUCCCUCAAUAUAAAGCAAAGAGGGAUUUUUUUCAUUGGAUUUUGGCAAGAUAAUCUUCACAAAUCAAGACCACCUUUAAAACAUUAACAUUUGUAAAACAGGCUAUGUGAAGUUUGUUAUGGUUGGAAUGUGACAGCAGAGAAGUUGGCAAAUCUAAUCAAUGUUUUUUUAAUCUUUUUGUGUUGUUUAUAUUUUUUUCAUGCAAAAACUUAAGAUAAAAUGUGUGUUGCCU